CUCCCUUAAUCGCAAUCCCCCACCCCUAAUCACUGACCCAGUAAGCUCCUCCCACCGUCUUAACCCUGGGGACAAAACCGACCCGGGAACAGCUUGUCUACGGUAUUUCAUCCAAACCUUAUGAAGAUCGUCUAAGUAUAUCCACCAUGUCGACAAGCAAAGUAAAGAAACAGGGUGACAGUUAUCGCUAUGAAGUCACUCCCACCGAAGAUGACAAGAAAAAGAAGAAAAAGGGAAAGGAGAAGUUGGAUGAGCUUAAGCAGGAGUUAAAUAUGGAUGAGCACAAAAUACCGAUUGAAGAUUUGUAUAAAAGGCACGGAGUUGAUCCACUUAAAGGCCAUACACCAGAGAGGGCCAAAGAAAUCUUAGCACGAGAUGGGCCGAAUAUGUUAACUCCGCCGAAAACUACGCCUGAAUGGGUAAAGUUUUGUAAAGUGUUGUUCACUGGGUUCUCUCUCCUGCUGUGGAUUGGUGCCAUUUUGUGUUACAUUGCCUAUUCCAUCCAAGCAAGUCAAACAGAAAAUCCUCCAGGCGAUAACUUAUACCUUGGCAUUGUCUUAACUGCUGUCGUCGUCGUAACUGGUUGUUUCUCAUAUUACCAAGAGGCAAAGAGCUCACGUAUCAUGGACUCCUUCAAGAAUUUAGUUCCUCAGUAUGCUCUAGCUAUCCGUGGUGGUCAAAAGCUGAGUGUCCAUGCUGAAGAACUUGUGCUAGGUGAUAUUGUAGAGGUCAAGUUUGGUGACCGUGUGCCAGCUGAUAUUAGGAUCAUCUCUGCCCAUGGCCUUAAGGUGGAUAACUCAUCUUUGACUGGAGAAUCUGAGCCACAAUCUAGAACCCCUGAGUUCAGUCAUGAAAAUCCCUUGGAGACAAGAAAUCUGGCCUUCUUUUCUACCAAUUGUGUUGAAGGUACCGCAACUGGUAUUGUAGUAAAGAUAGGAGAUGACUCAGUCAUGGGUCGUAUUGCCAAUUUGGCUUCUGGUCUUGAAGUGGGAGAAACUCCAAUAGCUAAAGAGAUUGCUCACUUCAUCCAUAUCAUCACUGGUGUGGCUGUGUUCCUUGGUGUGACCUUCUUUAUCAUCGCUUUCAUCCUGGGCUAUUUCUGGUUGGACGCUGUGAUCUUUUUAAUUGGUAUCAUUGUGGCUAAUGUCCCUGAAGGUCUGCUGGCUACUGUCACUGUAUGCUUGACCCUCACAGCCAAGCGUAUGGCCAAGAAAAAUUGUCUGGUCAAGAACUUGGAAGCCGUAGAAACUCUGGGAUCCACCUCAACCAUCUGCUCUGACAAGACCGGAACCUUGACCCAGAACCGUAUGACGGUUGCCCACAUGUGGUUUGAUGGGAAAAUUGUUGAAGCUGAUACAAGUGACAACCAAGCCAGUGCUAAAUAUUCUCGGAAUGAUCCCACUUGGAUGAGCCUUGCUCGUAUUUGUAUGUUGUGUAACCGAGCAGAGUUCAAAGUCGACCAAGAAAAUGUACCAGUAUUAAAAAGAGAAUGUAAUGGCGAUGCCUCAGAGUCUGCCCUACUUAAAUGUGUUGAACUGUCUAUUGGAAAAGUGACAGAAUUCAGACGUCGCAACAAAAAAAUUGUUGAAAUUCCAUUUAACUCUACGAACAAAUAUCAGGUAUCUAUCCAUGAGACAGAAGACCCUAAUGACCCCAGGUAUUUGCUGGUCAUGAAAGGUGCCCCAGAGAGGAUCAUGGACUGCUGCUCCUCUAUACUUAUGCAUGGAAAAGACCUGCCAUUAGACGACACAUACAGGGAAGCUUUCAACACAGCUUAUUUGGAGCUUGGAAGUCUGGGAGAGAGAGUUUUGGGUUUUUGUGAUUUCAUUCUCCCCAGUAAGGAGUUCCCACCCAACUACCAGUUUGACUCAGACAAUCCAAACUUCCCCAUUACUGGACUUAGGUUUGUUGGUCUUGUGUCCAUGAUUGACCCUCCCAGAGCUGCUGUACCUGAUGCUGUGGGCAAAUGCAGGAGUGCUGGUAUCAAGGUAAUCAUGGUGACUGGAGAUCAUCCAAUCACAGCCAAGGCCAUUGCUAGAAGUGUUGGUAUCAUCUCUGAGGGUAACAAGACUGUGGAAGACAUUGCUGAAGAGAGGGGGGUCCCAGUGGAGGAAGUUAAUCCCAGGGAAGCUAAAGCAGCCGUCAUCCAUGGUGGUGAUCUAAGGGACAUGACUCCGGCUCAAAUUGAUGAGAUUUUGAUCCACCACAGUGAGAUUGUAUUCGCUCGUACCUCACCACAGCAGAAACUUAUCAUCGUAGAGGGCUGCCAGAGACAGGGGCAAAUUGUGGCCGUUACUGGUGAUGGUGUCAAUGACUCACCCGCUCUCAAAAAGGCUGAUAUUGGUGUUGCUAUGGGUAUUGCUGGCAGUGAUGUGAGCAAACAAGCUGCAGACAUGAUUUUACUUGACGAUAACUUUGCUUCCAUUGUGACUGGUGUUGAGGAGGGUAGAUUGAUCUUCGACAACUUGAAAAAGUCAAUCGCCUACACACUUACCUCCAAUAUUCCUGAGAUCUCACCAUUCUUGCUGUUCAUCCUUGCUGAUAUUCCCCUCCCUCUGGGUACCAUCACCAUCUUGUGUAUUGAUCUUGGAACUGACAUGGUCCCUGCCAUCUCUCUGGCUUAUGAACAGGCUGAACUUGACAUCAUGAAGAGAUUACCUCGUAACCCACUUAAAGAUAAACUUGUCAACGACAGACUGAUUAGUAUGGCGUAUGGCCAGAUCGGUAUGAUCCAAGCUUCAGCAGGAUUCUUCACAUACUUUGUCAUUUUGGGUGAGAGUGGCUUUUGGAUGAGCAAACUGCUUGGCAUUCGUGAGCAAUGGGACUCUCCUGGAAUUAAUGAUUUGAAAGAUUCCUAUGGACAGGAAUGGACUUACGCUCAACGCAAGAGACUUGAAUACACCUGCCACACAGCUUUCUUUGUGUCCAUUGUCAUUGUCCAGUGGGCUGAUUUGAUUAUCUGCAAGACCAGACGUCUUUCACUUUUCCAACAGGGAAUGAAAAAUAAGCACCUCAUCUUCGGCCUGUUCUUUGAGACUGCCCUAGCAGCUUUCUUGUGCUACUGCCCUGGGCUGGACAAAGGUCUUCGUAUGCAACCUCUCAGAUUCACAUGGUGGCUGGUUGCCCUCCCCUACAGUUUGGCUAUUUUCAUUUACGACGAGGUCCGCAAAUUUAUACUUAGAAGACAUCCAGGAGGUUUUGUGGAAAGGGAAACUUACUACUAGGCAUUUUUUGAAUGGCCAACGGCCUGCAUUACAAAUGUAGGUCUUUAGUCUUGUAUAUAAACAUAUGAAUGGAAUUAGCAUGGAAAUGGAUCCUGUCUAAUGACAUUUUAAGUGCUUGAAAUGAUUGUAGUUGUAUGUAAAUUUGUUAGCAUUAAGUGCGAUGCUUUUAUUUUUUAUUGUAAUUAAUGUAUUUUAAAAUCAGAUUUUUAGUGGAUUAAAAAGAUUUUAAAAAUUA